AUGUUCAUGAAGACCGUAUUCUUAUCUUUCUCACAGAGAAAGCCAAAAUAUUCAGCAACACGCCGACUGCAUUUGAAGUCGAAACUGCUGAAGAAGGCAGCUUCUAUGCUGGUGGCUGAAAGUGAAGAGAAGAAACACCAGAAGGAGAGAGCUGUGAAUGAGUGCUUCCCUCCGCUGAAGCUGUCAGGUCUGUCAGUCCAGGAUCUCCAGGAACUUUGCAAAGAUCUGCAUCGUAAGAUUGAUGUUGUAGAUGAAGCACGUUACGAUAUGCAGAUUAAGGUAGACAAAAAUGCAAAAGAGAUUCAGGCACUGAAUCAGAAGAUCACUGAGCUGAAGGGGGUAAAGAGGCCACACUUGAAGAGGGUGAAGAAAACUACAGAUGACAUGCUGGGUGCAUACACCGACAGCUCCAAACUCAUGAAGGCUGAUUUCAAGGCCAACCUUAAGACAGUGAAGAAGGAGGACGAAAAGAGGGAAGAAGUGACUGACUGGCGUAAGAACGUGGAGGCCAUGUCUGGUAUGGAGGGCAGGAAGAAGCUGUUUGAUGCUGGACAAUAA